AUGCUCAGAAAGACUCCUGUAACAGACGGCACAGCGCUUGAGAAUCGGGACAACGGUCUCGCCGAGAGCCAGGACGGCUCGGGGCUUGAGGAUCGGGGCAACGAUCUCGCAGAGAGCCAGGACGGCUCGGUGUUUGACGAUCGGUCGGGCAAGUCAGAACAGCAUCGUGGGCUCAAAGGACAUGGGGCCAGGACCGAUCAAACUUGCGAAGAGAUGGAUGUCGAAAGGUUGAUUGAUGCAGAUGUAGACGUUGGCAUGGAGAAUAUGGAGCAGACAACCAUUCCCAUCCCUACGCCCACGCUGUAG